GUUUGACGUGACCAACAGUUAGUAGCAGGAGUUUAACUAGAUCAACUGGAGAUCUGGCUGUAAAAUUUAACAGCAAUCAGGACACAACAAGAAAGACGAAAUGAAGGCGUUAAAACAACUCCAGGGUGUAGCCGUUGUUGCAGUGUUCAUGUGGAUGCUAGCAUUGUCGGCGUUGUUGCCGUUGAGGAAUUCGAAGAAACUGGACUGUGACUCGCGAUGCAACUGUUAUAAGACAUGGAUUAAGUUUCGACAUAGACAUGAACAGAUUGUUAUGCGCUGCACACACUUGAACUUGACAGAGGACCUUUUACCCUUACCUCCAACACUGUCCAGUAAUAUGUCUACAAGGCUGUAUUUGGAGAAUGGCACAAUUCCCUAUCUCUCAAACACUUCUCUGUCAGUGUAUUCUCCAUACAGGAUCGUCAUUCUCAGUCUGAAAAAUAACACCAUUGAAUACGUAGCUAAGGACGCCUUUGGUAAUUUGACGUUUUUGAAAACACUUGACCUCUCUCUAAACAUCAUUCCCGAGGGGAUACUAAAGGAAGCUUUCUAUGGAAUCGCCUUGACGCCACUCACAACAUUGAAUAUAAGUUCAAUGAACCUUCAAAAUAUUUCUGAUGGCUUUUUUAAGCAUUUAGAAAGUAUUGAUAAUUUCAAGCUUAUAUUUCUGGACAACACAUAUAUGUUCCCAAUGACCGCACUCAUGAGACUGAAUCACAUGAUCUCACUUGACUUUGGGGGAAAUAAUCUAAGCCUUAUACAUCUACACGAUGCAAGUUUUACCUCUUUAAGAUAUCUGAAUCUCGAUAACAAUCACCUUUAUGAUUUUCCCGAUUUCUGUUUUAAAGAAAGCAACAGUUCACGGUUCCCUACUCUUCAAAUCCUCAAAAUUCAGUGGAAUGUUAUGAAAUAUAUUCAGCGAGACAAUUACAACUGUCUUAUAAGCCUCACGCAUUUGUACCUAAAUGGUAAUCUGUUCCAAGAAUUAAGAUCCAAUCAGUUUUCGAUGCUUCCAAACAUUUUCAAGAUCACCCUGUCCUAUGUUGGAUGUGCGAUGCACAAUAUACAACGAGCAGUGUUCAAUAAUUCGAAACUGAAGCAAAUAUAUUUUCGUGAAAAUCAUAUUUGGUUUACGGAGCCUAAGAUUAACUUACGUGUAUUUGAAGGAUGUUCUUCGUUAGAGUUAUUAAAUCUUAAUGAUAAUGUAUUCAAAAUCACCUCAGAAUAUGAGUUCAAUGCAUAUCUUGGAGAUCUCACUUCACUCAGGAUUUUGGUCAUGGGAGGUAACGGCCUACGUUCUAUACCACGCGUUAUAACUGAAAAAUUGACGAACAUAGAGAGCCUUGCACUAUAUGAUAAUAGUAUCUCAGAUUUGUCGCCAUUGAAAAAUAUGACAAAUUUGAAGAAGUUAUUCAUGGGAAUUAAUAAAAUAACAACUUUAGAUGAGUCAUCUUUCCAACUCUUAAGAAGGAAUUUAACUGAUAUUAAUCUCUCUAGAAAUCCCUUUUCCUGUGAAUGCAAAAUAUAUUGGUUCAUUGAAUGGAUGCGCAAACAGCCCAGAAUAUUUGGUUUUAAAAAAGAUCCAAAGCUCACGUUGUUAUACAACUGUGCCAGCCCAGGGGACCUUGAUGGACAUAGCUUGCUAGAUUUGGAAAUGUCGGAAAUCACUUGUUUAUUGGGUAUGGAUGUCAAGAUUACAACUCUCACCUUAAGUAUUUUGCUCAUUGUGUUCCUCGUGACAGGAGCAGUGAUGUAUCGUUACCGUUGGCACAUCCGAUACUUCAUCUACAUGGUCAGGUACAGUCAACGUCAGGAGGUGGACACACGGGAAUACGAAUAUGACGUGUUUGUAGCUUACUCUGCACCAGAUCGCCCCUGGGUCAUUAAGACUCUACUUCCAGUUCUUGAAGUCAAAGAGAACCUUAAACUCUGUGUACACGACAGGGACUUUGAGGUUGGUAAAUUAAUCGUGGAUAACAUUGUUGAUGCCAUUGAAACAAGCCGAAAAAUCGUCAUCGUCCUCUCCAAUGAGUUUGCCCAGAGUGGAUGGUGCCAGUUUGAAUUGAAUCUCAUCCAGCGUCACGUGCUGGAAAAUGGACAGCGCCUCCUGGUGGUGGUGAUGCUAGAGGAGAUAGACACACGCCACGUGACCAAAGCUAUGAGAGCCAUGUUGCAGACGACAACCUACCUGAUGUGGGCCGAGGAAGAGUAUGCCAGAAAAGCCUUCUUCAACAGACUGAGGAUGUUACUUCGCAGAGUGACCAGACGUGGAUGGGGAAGGAGAUUGUCAAUCUAGUCUGUUUCUGGUCAACCAACCAGUCAUAUCUGUAUAUAUGUGCGGAAACCUCUUCGUUGCCCGUUUACUGGUCGCGGUACAACUGGUGAGUGCUGUGAGACUUAGAAAUGUGUCAUCGACCACUGAAGCAGUGAUUUUCAAGAGUAUCAAGAGGAAUGUAUGUGAUGGACGCACACACCUAUCCAGUGCGGAAACUUAAACUAUACCUGAACGGAACAGUUCAACAGCAGCAAAUGCAAAGAACUGCAUAUUUGCCAACAGUAUGGAGAUGAAUGUGUAGGAUGUACAAUUACAGCGUUUCGCUGUGAGAUUUGAGGCCCUUAGGCAUGCCAGACACCUAUGAUCGUGAGUUCGAAUCCCAGUUCCUGGAUUUUCAGUACCGUAAUCGUGCUCGUGGUUACACUAAUGUGGUAAACGUUCAGAAAAGAGCGACAAAAUCCUGUCCAUAUUCAUUUCCAAUCUGGAUUGAACGAUUCCGACUACAUGUUUAAAUCAUGAGCAUGUUUUUUUGAUUGAUUGGUUGGUUGGUUUGUUGUUUAACGCCGCACUCAGCAAUAUUCCAGCU